UAUUAUUUAAAUGGAAAAUACUAGAAAUUGAAAACUUAGAAAACUGAGAAACGGAGAAGAAAAUAUAAAACUGUAAACGGGACCGCAACAUCCCAAACCCUAGAGCUCGGCUUCCAUCUUCUCUUUCAUAGGAAGAGCAAUUAGGAUUCCAAAUUCGUAAUUUGAAAUCGAAUUUUAUGAUGGAGGACUGGGAGGAUGAUAAUAUUCCACCUCUCCUUUCGAAGGAGCAACUUAAAAGUAAAUGGGAUGAUGAAGACAUGGAUGAAAAUGAUGUGAAAGAAUCUUGGGAGGAUGAGGAAGAACCAGCUCCGGUUCAGCAACCUGUAGCAAAACCCCCAUCUGAAAAAGCUUCUAAGAAGCCUGGAGCAAAAUCUACAGAAAAGAAAGGGAAAACUGUUGAAGUAGAACCAGAAGCGUCUGAACCACUAGAUCCUGUUGCUGAGAAACUACGCCAACAAAGGCUAGUAGAAGAAGCUGAUUACAAAUCUACUGCAGAACUGUUUGGGAAGAAAGAAGAUGGGAAGACCCUUGACACUUUUAUUCCUAAAUCUGAGAGUGACUUCAUGGAAUAUGCAGAACUUAUCUCUCAUAAGAUUCGUCCAUAUGAGAAAAGUUUUCACUAUAUUGGAUUACUAAAGGCGGUAAUGAGACUGUCAAUAACUGCUAUGAAGGCAGCAGAUGCAAAAGAGGUUGCAUCUGCUGUAACUGCCAUUGCAAAUGAAAAGCUGAAAGCAGAGAAAGAAGCUAAUGCUGGUAAAAAGAAGACAGGGGGAAAGAAGAAACAGCUGCAUGUUGAUAAGCCUGAUGACGAUUUGGCGGUUGAUACUUACGAUACUCUUGACGAUUACGACUUCAUGUGAUUUCUUCUGAUAUUUAUUUAUUUUAGCCUUAGGCCCCAGCUGUUCUAUUUUCAUUUAUGCCGUGAUUUUGUGUGGAGGGAUAUACACUGUUAUUUUGUGUGGAGGGAUAAUCACCCAUGGUUGGUGGUUUUGUUUUAACCUUAUUUAUAUACAGAAAAAUCAUUUUAUAUUUA